AUGGUUCACAGAAUUGUAAGUAUUUUAAAUAAUUCAACCUCAUCAACAAAUUCAAUGGAUGACGAAGAAGUUGCCGUUAAUGAAAUCCAAGAACUUAAAACUUUUGAUAAAAUAAUAAUUGGCUCUCCAAAUAGAUUAAAUAAUAAUAAUAAUAAUAAUAAUAAUAAUAAUAAUAAUAAUAAUAAUAAUAAUAAUAAUAAUAAUAAUAAUAAUAAUAAUAAUAAUAAUAAUAAUAAUAAUAAUAAUAAUAAUAAUAAUUAUAUUAACAAUAAUAAAAACAUGAUAAAUACAAGUAAUAAUAAUAUUAAACCAAUCGAAAAUAAUUUAGAUGGUGACGAUGAUAGUCUUGAAAUUGACUCUCAACCAUCAUCACCACAAAAAAAGUUUAAAUCAUCUUGUGAUGAUUUUGAAGUCAUUUCAAACUCAAAUAAUAACAGUCCAAUCACAAAUAAAAGCAACAAUACAAUAAUGACAUCUCCAACAUUUGCUAAAAAAUUAAAUGGAAAUAAUAAUAAUAAUUUUGAGCAAGCCCUAAGUAAUAAAUUAAAUGCACUCGGACAACAACAACAACAACAACAACAACAACAACAACAACAACAACAACAACAACAACAACAGCAACAGCAACAACAACAACAAUCCCAUUCAUCCUGGUCUGUAAAUAAUAAUACUAAUACAAAUACUAAUAAUAAUAAUAUUUGUAAUACUACAAACAACAACAACAACAACAACAACAACAACAACAACAACAACAACAAUCACAAUAAUAAUAAUAAUAAUAAUAAUAAAAAAUUUGGAUCAGAUCAAGAAGUUGCAAAUAUGGAAUCUGAUUGUGAAGAAGAAUAUGUUGAUGGUGAUGAAGAUGAUGAAUAUGAUGAAGAUGAAGAUGAUGAAGAUGAAGAAACUGCCAAUAGUAUAAAAUUUGGAUUCUCUUCAAGAUUCGAUGAAAUGAAAGGUUCAAAUGGUACAUCAUCAUCAAGUAAUAAAAACAUUAAUCCUGCAACUAGUAAUGCAACUGGUAAUGGUGCUGGUGUGAAUGCAAAAUUACAAAUUUUCAAUUACCAACAACAAGUUUAUGGUCCAGGAAGUAAUAAUAAUGGCCAUAAUCACCAUAGUCAUCAUAAUCACCACGUACCAAGUACAAAUACAACACCAAUGGCAUCACCAAAGAGUAAUCCAGGUACACCAUCAAGACCAUUCCCAACAUUAGAUUAUAAAAUUAAAUCUGAAUCUGUUAAGCAAAAUGCCGAUGGUACUUAUUCAUGUCCAUAUCCAACUUGUAAUAAAACCAUUAAAGGUAACAAAGGUAACCUUUCAUCACAUUUAAGAUGGCAUAGAAGAUUGGAUGCUGAAGCUGGUGAAUUACGUGAUUCAAAUCCAAUUGAUGAGGGUGAAGAAGAAUUCACAACUCCAAUUAAACCAUCACAAAGAGGUGUUCAAUUAAGAAAUCAAAUGAUUCGUUAUGGUUUAAAUUUAUUCAGACAAGAUUCUCAAGGUAAAUACCUUUGUUUCUUUGAUGGAUGUAAUCUUCGUAUGCUUACAAACUUUUCAAGACAUAUUGCAAAGCAUGAAAGAAAAAAUGACCAAAUUAAACCUGAUCUUGUUGCUUUAAUUCCAAACUCUUAUAAUAAUAAUAAUAAUAAUAACAACAACAAUAAUGGUGGUAGUCCACAAACUCAAAUUAGAAGAUCACAUUCUUCACCAUCCUCACCAACAACUUCAUCAAAUAAUUUUUCACCACUAUUAUCAAAUAAUAUUCAUAAUAAUAACAAUAAUAAUUCAAAUAAUAAUAAUUCUAAUGGUAGCGCAUCGAGUACACCAAUUUGUCAAUCACCAUUAACUCAAUCAUCACAACCAUUUGGUAGUCCAAAUAGAUCAAGUGAGAAUGGUAAUAAUGAUAAUUCACAAAAAUUUAAAAGAAAAUUACAAGUUAAAGUUAAUGGUAGUCCAAAUAGAGCAAGCGAAAAUGGUAAUAAUAACAACAAUAGCAAUAGCAAUAAUAUUAACAAUACCAAUUUAAUUAAUACUCAUUCAGAACCAUGUACACCAACAUCACAUAAAAUCAAUGCAUUCUCCUCAUCACCAUCAUUUUCAUCUCACCACUUAAAUAGCAGUGGUAGAGAUAGCGGUAUCAUUAGUAUAACUGAUAGUAAGAGUAAGGGUAAGGUUGAUUCUUUAAUUGCUGGUGAUAAUCUUUGUUCAAUUCUCACAACACCAACCUCAUCUCAAUUAUUACUCUCUCCAAAUGGUUCAAGUGAUUUCUCAGCUGUACCAUCAUCUCCAACUUCACCAUUAAAAACUUCAAGAUCAUAUGGUAAUUUAAAUGCAUCAAUUAAUCAAUCUUCCUCAUCUUCCUCAUCAUCAUCCUCAUCGAGUAACGCCGCUGCAUCUACACCAAUGUCACCACUAUCACAAUCAACUCAAUCUUUAAUUACAUCACCAAUUAUUUUAUCAACACUUUCAAUGAAUUCACCAUCAAUUUCAUCAAGCUCACAACAAUCUUUAUCAUCCUCCUCACCAUCAUCUGCAAAUACUUCACCAUUAUCACCAUCAUCAUCAUCUGAAUCAAAUCGUUAUACUAUUCUUCCAAAACCAUUAUUUAGAAAUAAUGAAAUUCAAUGGGAAUUUAGAUCACCAAAGAAACCAUUAACUCCAACUUCAUCACCAUUUUCAUUUUCAUCUGUAGUACCAUUUUCAUCCUCCUCCUCCUCCUCCUCAUCUGCAGUACCAUUAUCAUCUUCAUCCUCUUCAAUUGCUACAUUCAAUAAUAAUAAUAAUAGCAACAAUAAUAACAAUAACAAUAAUAAAUCAAAGAAUAAGGAGGAUGAAAUGGUUGUCAAAUCACUUAUGGAUUUAAGUCAAAGUGAUUUUUAA